AGCGAAAAGAGCAAGAUGGCGGACUGAGCGUUUCUAACUUUCUGGUGGAGUUUCACAAUUACGAUCUUAAAACAUUAUUGAUUCGAAUACUGCAGCAAAUACUUCACGAUAAAUAUUGCCUUAAGUCUACGAAAACAACAUUUGAGUUUGGAAAGAUGGAGUGUUAUGUGAAGUGAAGAUUGAAGACGUGAUAGAAGAUGGACGACUACUGCUAUGCUAAGAUGGCGACGUCGGCUAAAAGAGAACAUGAAAGAGAAUCAACUUCCAGCAAAUCACCAACGGAGAUAAAGACGAAAGAUGAAGAGAUCCAGCAGCUGAUUGGUCAUCCAGAAGAAGUUUCCCCUCAGUUAGGGGGGAGCUCCACUUUGAAGCAGGAGACUCCACAACCACCCUGCAUUAAAAAGGAAGAGGAGGAACUCUGCAUCACUCAGGAGGGAGAGUGUCUUCUAGGGCGAGAGGAAGCUGAUUACACCAAGUUGCCACUGAUUAUUCUCUCUGUGAAGACUGAAGAUGAUGAAGAGAAACCACAACUAGACAACCUCUUAGCUCCACUAUCAGAUAGUAAGGUUGAAAACGAUGUUGACUUCUCUGUGAAGACUGAAGAUGAUGAAGAGAAACCACAACCAGACAACCUCUUAGCUCAACUACCAGAUAGGAAGGUUGAAGAACCUUUGAGCAGCGAUAAAGACUGUGAAGGUGAUAUGAGGACUCACACUGACAACAGACACUCUGAACCUUCUAAAAAGAAGAGAGACGUCCAGCAGCUGUUUGGUGAUCCAGAGGAACUUACCCCUCAGUUAGGGGGGAGCUCCACUUUGAAGCAGGAGACUCCACAACCACCCUGCAUUAAAAAGGAAGAGGAGGAACUCUGCAUCACUCAGGAGGGAGAGUGUCUUCUAGGACGAGAGGAAGCUGAUUACACCAAGUUUCCACUGAGUAUUCUCUCUGUGAAGACUGAAGAUGAUGAAGAGAAACCACAAGUAGACAACCUCUUAACUCCACUAUCAGACAGUGAGGCUGAAGACGCGGUUGAAGAACCUUUGAGCAGUGAAACAGACUGUGAAGGUGAUGCUUCUAAAAAGCAGAGAGGUAAAAAAGGUUUCACCUGCUCAGUUUGUGCUAAAAGCUUUUCUCGAAAAAGUAAUUUGACUCAACACAUGAGAACACACUCAGGUGAAGAGCCUUUUAACUGUUCAGUUUGUGACAAAAGUUUUCCUGUAAAGUACUAUUUGACUGAACACAUGAGAACCCACACAGAAAAAAAAACAUUUAAUUGCUCCCAUUGUAGUAAAAUCUUUUUUUCCAAACGAGGUGUGACUCUACACAUAAUGACACACACUGGACUAAAACCUUUUAACUGUUCAGUUUGUGGUAAAAGCUUUACUCGAAACACAUAUUUGACUCAACACAUGAGAACACACACAGGAGAAAAACCAUUUAAUUGUUCAGUUUGUGGCAAAAGCUUUUCUCUAAGGAGCAACUUGAUUGAACACAAGAGAAGACACACAGGAGAGAAUCAAUAUAAUUGUUCGGUUUGUGGGAAAAGCUUUUAUCGGAAAAACUACUUGACUCAGCACAUGCGAACACACACGGGAGAAAAACCAUUCAACUGUUCAGAUUGCGGCAAGAGCUUUUCUAUACACUGUAAUUUUACUAGACACAUGAAAACACACACGGGAGAAAAAACCUUCAGUUGUUCAAUCUGCGGUAAAAGAUUCAAUCGUAAUUCAGAAGCAGUAAAACACCUAAGGACACACAAGACACAAUAACCAAUCAGCUUUGUAGAUUGUGCUAUGUUGCUCAUGUGACCCAAGCCCAGCCUCCUCAACAGAACUUUCACGACUAUCUGAUGUCUUCGUACGGAUUGGGAUUAUCUGGAGCAUCAUGUUAUCUCCUCACGACCCAAUGUCUUCUCUGUGGCCUAGUGGUUAGAGUGUCCACCCUGAGA